AUGUGGAAAUCACCACUGCCAGCCUACUUGGUAUCGGAGCUCCCGCUCCUCCGAAGUGGCCGCUGUCUAAGCUGUCAAUUCCGAAGCACCACAGCACUUUCCCACCUCCGCGCGAAAUCCCCCGCGAUACGCCACUAUGCCUCUACACCAAGCGCAAAAGAAGCGAAGCCCAGCAAUGGCAGCUCCGCGGCGACGAUAUCAUCCCCGCCGCGUAGGGAGCCUCAGCCCGUGCGGCGCGGCACCCAAUUCCAACAAAACCCAGACAUGAAGCCCCAACCGGGCGAUGCGGACUUUAAGCCACCAAUGCUGGACCGUCCGAUCGGGACUACAACACCACCAAUGGCAGGUGAGAAUACAGGAGUGGACACACGUUCCUUGAAGCAGAGGCGAGACGAGUUUGUGGACUAUGAUCGGCAUCUUGAACGGCGGAAAGAACUGACACGCCAAGUCGCCAAACCCUACUUCCGAGAAUGGUCAAACCUGCGCUUCUUGGAAGGUAAAACCUUCGUGUCAAACCCCCGGCUUUUCAAAGGCGACAAGGCCCUAUACUUCCCCAACAUGUCUGGCGUAACACUCGCCGAGCCAAAAGAUAAGCAGCACACAACUUCAACCCUGCAGGGCAAGAUCAGCGUCGUGAAGUUGUUCUCCAGCGUCUGGGCAGAGACUCAAGUAGGAACAUUCACGGGGCCAAGCCAGAACCCCCAACUGGCUGAGAUCCUGUCCAAGAACCCGCAAUUUGCGCAGAUGGUGGAUAUCAAUUUGGAAGAGAACCGUAUGAAGGCGGCGCUGGUGAAGAUGUUCAUGUGGAGCAUGCGCCGUAAGUUGCCCGCUCCGCAGCACUCGCGGUAUUUCCUGGUGCAGAAGGGCUUUACCGAGACCCUCAAGGAGGCCGUUGGCAUGAUGAAUUCUAAGGUCGGCUAUGUGUACCUUGUGGACUCGGAUUGUCGUAUCCGUUGGGCUGGCAGUGGUAAUGCCGAGCCAGCGGAGAUGGAGACGCUCAAUACGGGCUUGCAGAAGCUCAUUGUGGAGAGAAAGGCCAUCUACGAAGCUGAAAUGGCGAGUCGCAAGUAA